GGUGUCCUGGCUUCGUCCAAAACGUGUCCUGCCGAAGGCUACAUCAAAACCAGUCUCCUGUCCAAGGAGCAGUUCCAGUGUUCCAUCUGCCUGCAGGUGUUUACCGACCCGGUCACCACUCCUUGCGGACACACCUUCUGCAAGGCCUGCAUUGGACAGAGGUGGGAGGCCACAGAGGUAUGCCAGUGUCCCAAAUGCAAUAAAAGAUUUUACGGAAGACCCGAGGUCUCCACAAAUUCAGUUCUAGAGGAGAUUUCCGUGCAAAUCAAAAAAAGGAAACUCCAAGUACCAAAAUGCUUUGCGGAAGCUUGGGAGGUGGCGUGUGACGUCUGCGUUGGGAGGAAGAUCCGGGCUCUGAAGUCCUGCCUGGUGUGUCUGACCUCCUACUGCGAGACCCACCUGGAGCCUCACCAGAGAGUGGCCGGUCUGAAGAUCCACAAGCUGAUCAACCCUGUGGAGAACCUGGAGGACAGGAAGUGUAGGAAGCACCAGAGGCUCCUGGAGAUGUUCUGUAAGACCGACAAGAGGUGUGUGUGUGUGCUGUGCGUCGAGGCAGAACACAAGUCUCAUGACACUGUGCCAGUGGAGGAAUUGGGAGGGAAAGUCAAGGCUGAACUUGGGUCCACGAAGAUGAAGAUUCAGCAGAAGAUCCAGACCAGACUGGAGAAGGUGGAGGAGAUCAAGAAAGCAGUAGAGCUCAGUAAAGUCAAUUCUGAUAAGGAAGUGGAGGACAGUGGCAAGGCCUUCACCGCGCUGUUGGAAACUCUGAAGAAAAGAAAAGUUAAACUCCGCCGUGUGAUACAGGAGAGGCAGAAGGCAGAAGACGAGUGGGCAAAAUACCUCAUCGAAACUCUGGAGGCCGAAAUCGCUGAGCUACGGAAGGAGAGCACUGAGCUGGAGCAGCUCUCACACACCGAGGACCCCCUGCUCCUCCUACAGAGCCGUCCUCCGCUUGGCAUGUCUCUGUCCACUAAGAAGUGGCCCAGGGUCCAGGUUCACACAGACAUGUGUGUGGGUACUGUGAGGAGAGCUUGGGCUCAGAUAGAGGAGACAGUCAAGAUGGAAGUCAAAUCAUUCACCGACACAGAGCUGAAGAGAAUGCAGAGAUUCAAAGAGGACGUUAAGAUGGACGUCAACACCGCAAGCUGCACACUGAAACUCUCUCUGGGAGGGAAAAAGAUCAAAUAUGCCAAAGUGGCCCAGGUGUUACAGGAGCAGCCACAGAGGUUCACCUUCUACUCAGCCGUUUUGGGAGAGAAGGGCUUCAACUCCGGACGCCAUUACUGGGAGGUGACGGUCGGCGCGUACGGGCGGUGGGAGGUCGGCGUUGCCACGGAAAAGGUCAACAGGAAGGACGCGGUCGCAAAGAACUCCCAAAAUGGCUUCUUUGCUCUCUCAAAGAGUGGAUUCUGGGAGUUUGAGGCUCUUUCCUCGCCCUCGACCACCCUCCACCUCACCCCCAAGCCCAGACAGGUGGGCGUGUAUGUGGACUAUGAGAAAGGGCAGGUGUCUUUUUAUGAUGUUACCAUGACGUCCCACAUCUUCUCCUUUUUUGGACAAUCCUUCACCGGGAAACUGUACCCUUACUUCUACCUUUACAGUCUGGCCAGGAAAUCUGAAUCACUGGUCCUUAGCUGAAAUACAUGUGAC